AUGCCCAGUAAGGCCUCAUGGGGUGGUUCGGCCAAGUUCGCGCUGUAUGAUGUUCCCAAGUACUUCCGGGGAAAGGUCAUAGGGUUUGCCGAAGGAUUUGGUAGUGACGGAGAUAAGGAUUCUGAGGAGAAACGAUUAGAGGAGGCCAAGAAAGAGGAGGCUAAGAAAGAGAAGGAUGCGAAGAAAGCAGAAAGAGCCGGAUGUGAGUUGUUUCUUACUGUAUCUUCCAGAUAUCGGUCAAUGGCAACAUCCUCCAUGUCACCAAGAGCCUUCGUGCAGGGCUACGUCGCCUGCACCUUCCUGACUCUCCACGCACGUUAUGGGUUGACGCGCUGAGCACAUAUUCCGACCGAUCCAGCAUCAAGAAUAUCAGAAAUCUGCGAUCUUUAAUUUCAUAUCUUAAGGAGCCAGCUUUCUACCCUUAUCUAAUAAAUGCCGCCUUCGCUUCGCCUUAUAUAUUCUUCGUGUUAAUAUAACUACCGAUAGGGGUCGGGUUAGUGCAACCCCUGCAAUUUCUCCGUUGAAUACGAAGUAUAUAUUGUAUGUUCCUAGCCUCAUGUUCCCU